CAUUGAACAUGGCCUCUAUCCUUCAGAAGCUCAUCACUCCUCUGUUCAGUGGGACCCCUGAGCCCCCCAGGAACAAGGUGACAGUGGUGGGGGUCGGCCAGGUGGGCAUGGCCUGUGCUGUCAGUAUCCUGCUCAGGGUAAGACAAGACCUGCUGUGUUUAUACUCCUGUCAGAUUACUACCCCAACCUUACCCCGUACAGUAUUAUAGUGUUUAGUCUACUGCACUGACACUGGAUUACUCUUUGCCCUGAGACAUGGCUGUAGACUCCUUAGAUUCCAUAGGAGUCUACUGUCAUGUCUCAGGGCAAGCUUACUCUCUGCCUGCUGAUCUUCUCUCAGUAUUACAUCCAUUCCCUCUUUAAUACAGUGCUAUUAUAAUGUUCAAUACUUUAUUAUUGCUAUACUAUAAAACAUAGGUUUUUAGACAUGCACAUGCAGAAUACAGUGCCUUGAAAAUGUAUUCAUCCCCCUUGACGUUUUUCCUAUUUUGUUGCAUUACAACCUGUAAUUUAAAUGGAUUUUUAUUUGCAUUUCAUGUAAUGGACAUAUACAAAAUAGUCCAAAUUGGUGAAGUGGAAUGAAAAAAAUAACUUGUUUCAAGAAAUUCAAAAUAAUAAAUAACGUGCAUAUGUAUUCACCCCCUUUGCUAUGAAGCCCCUAAAUAAGAUCUGGUGCAACCAAUUACCUUCAAAAGUCACAGAAUUAGUUAAAUAAAGUCCACCUGUGUGCAAUCUAAGUGUUACAUGAUCUGUCACAUGAUCUCAGUAUAUAUACACCUGUUUUGAAAGGCCCCAGAGUCUGCAAUCACCCCGAGAACACCAUCCCCACAGUGAAGCAUGGUGGUGGCAGCAUCAUGCUGUGGGGAUGUUUUUCAUCGGCAGGGACUGGGAAACUGGUCAGAAUUGAAGGAAUGAUGGAUGGCGCUAAAUACAGGGAAAUUCUUGAGGGAAACCUGUUUCAGUCUUCCAGAGAUUUGAGACUGGGACGGAGGUUCACCUUCCAGCAGGACAAUGACCCUAAGCAUACUGCUAAAGCAACACUCGAGUGGUUAAGGGGAAGCAUUUAAAUGUCUUGGAAUGGCCUAGUCAAAGCCCAGACCUCAAUCCAAUUGAGAAUCUGUGGUGUGACUUAAAGAUGGCUGUACACCAGCGGAACCCAUCCAACUUGAAGGAGCUGGAGCAGUUUUGCCUAGAAGAAUGGGCAAAAAUCCCAGUGGCUAGAUGUGCCAAGCUUAUAGAGACAUACCUCAAGAGACUUGCAGCUGUAAUUGCUGCAAAAGGUAGCUCUACAAAGUAUUGACUUUGGGGGGGGUGAAUAGUUAUGCACACUCAAGUUCUCUGUUAGUUUGUCUUAAUUCUUGUUUGUUUCACAAAAAAAAAUUAUUUUGCAUCUUGAAAGUGGUAGGCAUGUUGUGUAAAUCAAAUUAUACAAACCCCCCAAAAAUCCAUUUUCAUUCCAGGUAGUAAGGCAACAAAAUAGGAAAAAUGCCAAGGGGGGGGGGGGGGGGGGGGUGAAUACUUUCGCAAGCCACUGUAUGUGUAAUUGACAAUAUCAUUUCUUAGACUGAUUGCUUACCUGUUGUAUUGCGGUACAACUGCACAGUCAUUGUACAUUCAUCACAUCUUAACCCCAGCACCCCGUCCCCGUCUCUCGCUCUCUCUCUUCAGGAGCUGGCUGAUGAGCUGGCCUUGGUGGACGUGAUGGAGGAUAAGUUGAAGGGAGAGAUGAUGGAUCUGCAGCAUGGCAGCCUCUUCCUCAAAACACCCAAGAUAGUCGCCAGCAAAGGUGAGUGUGUAGCAAUUAGGCACCAGGUAACCAGAGAACCAAGAUGGACACCAUCUGUGUGUCAAAUGUCUGUGUGUUAUAUUAGGUACUCUCACUGAGGGGGGAAGGGUGUGAAAUGGAGAUGGAAAAGGGUGAAAGGGAAAUGUAUGAAUGCAUUAUUCUAUUAAUGAUAUGACAAGUUAUUGAAAAAAUACUAAACACAAAUUAUAUACAGUACUCUCACUGAUUGAUAUUCUCCCACGGCCAGACUACUCUGUGACGGCGAAUUCUCGUAUCGUCGUGGUAACAGCGGGCGUUCGUCAGCAGGAGGGAGAGAGCAGGUUGAACCUGGUUCAGAGGAACGUCAACAUCUUCAAACACAUCAUCCCUCAGAUCAUUAAAUACUCCCCCAAGUGCAUCAUCAUCGUGGUCUCCAACCCAGGUACACUCACACAUUCAUACUGUACAUACCAGUGGAAGCUGGUGGGAGGAGCUAUAGGAGGAUGGGCUCAUUGUAAUGGCUGGAAUGGAAUUAAUGGAACGGUAUCAAACGUAUAGAAACCAUGUUUGACUCCAUUCCAUUAAUUCCAUUCCAGCCAUUACAAUGAGCCCGUCCUCCUAUAGCUCCUCCCACCAGCCUCCACUGGUACAUACACACUUAAAUAAACACACACCAAGUACACUCUCACACACAGACACCAUAGGCUCAGAGCCAUUUAUUUAGAUAUAAAUAUAUGGCUCUGCAUACACUCACACCAACAUAUAGUACCCACACACACAUCCCAGCUACACUCACAUAAACACACACUAACACAGAUACAAACUCACACACCAGAUACAGAAGUGUUCAUCCAAUGACUUGUUAUGGAAGUCUAACCCCAGAAAUCUCUCCCUGGCUGUAGUUGAUGUGCUGACCUACGUGACCUGGAAGUUGAGCGGCCUGCCCAAGCACCGUGUCAUCGGCAGUGGCACCAACCUGGACUCUGCCCGUUUCCGUUACCUGAUGGCCGACAAACUGGGCAUCCAUGCUACCAGCUUCAACGGAUGGAUCUUGGGAGAACAUGGAGACACCAGUGGUGAGUGUGUGUGUGCGUACGUACGUACGUAUAUACAGUAUGUGUUUAUGGUUAAUAAUUAGGACUAAUUAAAGAAUACACAUUCAGGAAGUCUGAAAACAUGUGUUUUCCAUUCAAAUGUGCUAUUGAAUUCAUAGACUAUAAGUAGCAGUGACCCCAUUCUUGAGGGUCACUGUGAUAAAGGUGAGGGACAGAGAUCUGUUCAUCUUGGCUGUCUGGGGCCCUACAGGUCAAAUGCAGCUGUUUUUAUCCCAAUAUCAAAUCAUUUCUGGGUAACAAUUAAGUACCUUACUGUAAUUGUUUUCAAUUAAAAUGGUCAAAAAUAAACAAAAAUAGCUUCUUAGCAAAGACCAAUUUUUAGGCAAUAAUUUUGCUAGGACUGUCUGGGAGUGGUCUGAGUGGGGAGGGGAAAACUAGCUGUUAUGGGCAGAGGUUUGGAACUCUCUUUCUUAUUGGUCUAUUAACUAAUUUACCGCCUGAUGAUGUCACUAGGCAGACCAAAACUCCCUCCCACCAAAACAGGCAGACAUUUCAGGCGGUCUUUUCAAACAUCUCUUACACUAAAAGGGCAUUAUCAUCAUUUUUACAAUUUCACAGUAUUAUUACAACCUCAGUGUUGAAAUACAUAUAAAACACAGGAAAAUCAAGUUUUUUGACUGUACUGGGCCUUUAAGGAGAUAACAGGUAAUGAGGUUAAGUGUGUGUGUGUGUGUGUGUUCCAGUCCCUGUGUGGAGCGGCGCUAACGUAGCAGGUGUCAACCUGCAGACACUGAACCCUGACAUCGGUACUGAUGCUGACCAGGAGAACUGGAAGGAGACGCACAAACAGGUGGUUGACAGGUAACUAUUAACGCUAUUACGUUUGUUGUAUACACUCUUAGAAAAAAAGGUGUUAUCUAGAACCUAAAAGGGUUCUUCGGCUGUCCCCAUAGGACAAAUCAAAUGUAUUUAUAAAGCCCUUUUCACAUCAGCAGAUGUCACAAAGUGCUUAUACAGAAACCCAGCCUAAAACCCCAGACAGCAAGCAAUGCAGAUGUAGAAGCACGGUGGCUAGGAAAAACUCCCUAGAAAAGCAGGAACCUAGGAAGAAACUUAGAGAGGAACCAGGAUCUGAGGGGUGGCCAGUCCUCUUCUGGCAGUGCCGGGUGGAGAUUAUAAGGGUACAUGGCCAUUAAGGCAGAUUGUUCUUCAAGAUGUUCAAACAUUCAUAGAUGACCAGCAGGGUCAAAUAAUAAGUUAUCCUAUGGUGACAGCCGAAGAACACUUUUGGAACCCUUUUUUCUAAGAGUGUAUUUGAGUCAUUCUAACACCUGUAGUUUGGCUCUCUCACUGUAAUAGAGUCCUGGAUAUAUUGAGCUCAAGGGCACAACGGCAGUCUGCUCACUUCCACAGUAUUUUUCCCGGUCAGCCCUGGGAUUCGAACUGGCAACCCUCUGGUUACUGGCCCGCUUCUCAAACCUCAAGGCUACUCAAAUUAAAAAUGAUAACUGUGUGUUCCAGUGCCUAUGAAGUGAUCAAGCUGAAGGGCUACACUAACUGGGCCAUCGGCCUUAGUGUAGCUGACCUCACUGAGAGCCUCAUCAGGAACAUGAACAGGAUCCACCCUGUCUCCACAAUGGUGAAGGUGAGAGACACACACUCGAUACACGUAUGCACACAUGCACGCACACGCACUCACACGUAUGCACACACACUUGGCCUUGUGCCUUCUCACACCACUGGAGGUGUGCGGUUAUUCCCUGACAACACACAGUCUGUCGUAAAUGCUUACCCAACAGAUAUGUAACCGAUAAACAAACAGGCAUGUAGACAUAUACACAGCUAUGCACAAAACUAAAGGAGAUGAUGCUGUUGCUCGACAGGGCAUGUACGGGAUCGAUGACGAGGUUUACCUGAGCCUGCCGUGCGUGCUGAACGCUGGGGGCGUGGCCAGCGUGGUCAACAUGACCCUGACGGACGACGAGAUCGGCCAAUUAAAACAGAGCGCUGACACACUGUGGGACAUCCAGAAGGACCUGACUGACGUGUAGCAACUAACAGAACACCAAGGGGCGCCACACUCCACUCAACCAACCGGGGUGUGUCCCAAUAAUAUCUCCUUUCUCC